AUGAGAAACACUCUCCUCCUGACGGCCGGUCUCGCUGCCGUUCAUCACGCGACCGCCGACUACGUCGCGACUAUCUGCGGCAGGGAGAACAAGUACACCAGCAAAGACACCAACUUCAUCUUCCAGUCCAACGCCUGGAAUCCCGUUGGUGAUGGCGCAUCCUGUGUCUUUGUUGACGAGUCGACACCGGCGUUUGACGCCAACUGGAACUGGGAGGAGGAGAGGAACAGUGUCCACUCGUUCCCUCACGUGCGCUUCAACUCGACCAAGCUGCCGGUUCAGCUGAGCGCCAUCGAGACGAUGCGCCUCACCGUGGACUGGACCAUGCGCAAGGGGAACCCCGAGAGUGACCCGCCCCGUGACUUCUCCGCUACUGCCUGGGCCGAGAACAAGGGCGGGCUCGACGGCGUCGUAUCCAACGCCGCCUGGGACUUCUUCGUCGACAGGAACAAGUCGAGGACUUACAACCCCAUCGAUGCCGAGGCCGAGAUCAUGAUCUGGCUCGGCAAGGUCGGGAACCCGUACCCCUUGAUGGGCGACUCCAUCUUGACCAACAUCACCCUCGGCUCUACUGAAUUUUCUCUCUGGUACGACACCAACGGACGCGAGCAAAAGGUCUUCACCUGGGUCACGCGCGACGGAUCCGACGUCAACCAGUUCAAUGAGGACAUCACUCCGCUUCUCAAGUACGUCCUCGACUCCGGCGAGAUCGACAACGAGUCGUGGCUCGGCCUGGUCGAGUUCGGUUCCGAGGCGUGGCACUCCCCCGAGAACGUCACGUUCAGCGCCGCGCACUUUAGCAUGGAGCUGGAUGCCGAGGGCAGCGGCAGCGGCUCCGGCAGUGGCAAUGACGAGAAUUCAGCGACAAAGUUCAGCCUCUCGUCGUGGCUGUUUCUUUCACUGCUCCUCAUGAACAUGUCCAUGUUCGGUCUUUAG